UCUAACAGGCAACAGAAUGUAAACAAACUGACCAUCAAAAAGGCGUUCUUAAUACUUAAAAGUAAUUAUGGGACACUGCUUCUUUAAAUUUUACUACAAGUAGGCUAUUUCUGUCAUUUAUUUUAGAUGAAUGAGGAAUUCGUGAUGUGGGCACGAUGUAAAAAAAGAAAUACCAAAAGUAUUUAAUUUUGUUUUGAUACUGUUACUGCUGUGCUGGAGAAGUUUGAGCAGUCUCUAAUUCAAAUCGGAAUAAGACGAGUAUCCAGAAAUGAGGCACAAUAUCAGAAUAAUCUACCUUUUUAUAUAUAACCUGCUGCAGUUUUGUGGACACUCCUGGAUCUUUUCAAACAUGACAGUGCGAUUCUUUUCAUUUGGGGAAGUUGCCUUGGCAGAUACCUUCUAUUCCAUCGGUGUUGUCAUGAGCUUUUGCCAAUUAUUGUCAGUGUUGGAAUUGUGUCACAUUUUGGAUGGUAUUGAAAAUAGCUGGCUUCUACCAAGGGUUUUACAGGUGCUGGAAAGAAAUGUUCUUUUGUUUGUCGUAAUUGCUAGCCAGGAGGAAGUUCAAAGCAAAUAUAUCGUGUGUGUACUGUUUUACCUGUGGAGUAUGCUGGACCUAUUGAAAUAUCCUUAUGACCUUCUAUCACUUAUCAGCACUCCAUUUUAUACUAUUGCAUGGAUCAGACACACCCUUUGCAUCCCAUUAUAUCCCCUAGCAAUACUGGCUGAAGUUGUUACCAUUUACCAGUCCUUACCGUACUUUGAAACCUUGGGUACCUUUUCUUUCGAGCUGACGUUUCCAGUGCCCCUUUUCAUCCAUUUUACAUAUGUGCUACAGUUCUACAUGCCAGUACUUGCUAUUGGAGGAGGCAUACAUGUUAGUAAUUUAUUGCUGGAAAGAAGCCAACACUUGGGAGACUACAAUAAAGAAAAGAAAAAUAACUGAUUAAAUAGCUGCUUAAAGUAUACGCUGCUGAAGAACCAAAACCUUUCUUCAAAAGAUCAACCUGUAUAACAUCUACUUGAUUGAUUUUGUGAAAGAACCUCCAUGGAUGCUAUUUUCUUUACAUAGUACUUUAUGUGCUUGAAUACCAGGAUUUCGGUAUACUUUUUACAUAUUUGUAACAGUUCAGUCAUAUGAACCUUACUCUAAAACACACUUGAGAAUAACUAGAAUACAAAGUGAUGCAAUGUCCAUGGUUACCACUGUAUUGUUAUGGAGGGUUUAUGAAUACUCCGUAUCUUCGCGUUACCAGCAAUCCAAUUUUAAAAUAAGCAAGUUGCAUGCACGGACACGAUUGUUCAACAUAACUGGAAACACAGGGAUUGAUUCUGUUCUAUUAGAUAUGUAGUACACUACCUUUACAUAGAUGUCUUUCUCAGUGUCUGCAAUGUUCAAGAUUCUGAGAGCUCUAUUGAGGCUAUUUACCCCACUGCAGCCUCCACAGUCUAUGUCCCAUUCCCUUAGUGAUCUUUGAGUAGCUGCCCUCGGCCAUGUUCAGUUUUGCACUAUGCGUCCCUUUUUAGUUAUUUAACUAUGACAUCCCGUCAUUAAACUGCAUCAAACUUCGUAUAGAGACAGUCAAGCCCUUUGAGAACCUGCCAGACUGGUCUCUGUUUACUUACACAGCAUGAUUGAUAUGCUGUUCACUUUGAAGAUAGUGGAUUUGAUUGGUGUGGCAGCUGCCACUCUCUCAGACCCACAUUUCCAGAUCGCCUGCACUAUUUUUUUCAGCCCAACAACAACUUACAACAAAAUGAUAUUCUAAACCAGUGGUCGGCAAUGGCGGCCCGCGGACAGGUGUCGUCUGACCUGCGGAUGCCUCCUGGCAGGGCUGUAUCAAGGACGGAACUUCAUUGUAAUAUUACCGCAAGGGGGUUGACAUGGGGGAUUCUCUGUAUGACCACCAUAUGUUUCUUGUGAGUAAGCAGAAAAUUAAGUGUUUUGCAAUAUGGAUUCCAAAGUACAUUACUCGCUGAUUGUGAGGAUACAUUUAUGCCUCGCUAUGGUACUGGAAUCCUCAUAUGAUAGACAGGAACGCAGAAUAACAUAAAACACAAUUGAAAGGGAGCAUACAUUUUUUUUUUUUUUUAAUGCUUCAUUGCAUUAUCACAAAUUCACCGAGAAAGGGCACUUUCCUACAUAGACAGGAACGCAGAAUAAAAUAAAACACAAUUCAAAAGUAGCAUACAUUUUUUUUAAUGCUUCAUUGCAUUGCAAGUGGCCCACUCUGCAGUUGCCUGUGGGUCGUUUGGCCUGCCGUCAAAUUUAAUUGCCGACCACUGUUUUAAACUUUAGAAAUAUGUUUAUUUAGAAGUACACUGUAUAUACAUGCAUAAACUGUAAAAUCCCAUGCACAGUAAUCUCUUUAUUUUACUGUGUAUAUUGAUUCUUUCUGGGUUUUUUUUCUUCUUUAUGUUAGUGCGAUAGUGACAGUUUAUUAUACUGACAUAUACAGUACAUGUAAACCGCAGAUAGAAUGUAAUGCAAGUAGGAGGAGACACUAUGAAAUGAUUCCUUUUUCUUUUACUUCUAAAUCUAUAUUGUGGACGCACAUAUGUAAUACAAUGUAAUAAUGAAAUGUAGAAAGUAGGGAAUGAUGGUUUUUUAUAUGUAUAUAUACACUAUUAAAAAUAUGUCAUAACUUUACACAUUUACUUACCUUCGGCCUAAUUAUGGUCAUAACAGCAACAUGAUGUUGGUUUCGUUUUACCUGUUCAAUUCAAAUAAUUAUUUCUACAUCUUAUUAGCUGUAAAUGUCUGUAUAAAUAAACAAGAUUCUUGUUUUGUGAA